GUAUGAGCAGGCCAGCAGCUCACCUGGCUGCAGGCGUUUGAUUGACAGCUGAAUAGCCCAGUGUGUGGUGAGGCGAUGAUUCGUGGGCAUCCUGUUUCUGCUGCUAUGUGAUAGCCGGAGUUGUAUUCCGUGUCUCAGUCAGCAGACAUGCUGCCUCCCCUGCCAAGCACUGAGAACCUGCCUGACCGCGAGGACGACCAGAUGAAACGGUGCCCUGCUAUCUGCAACUGAGUUCAACUGGGGUUGAACGGGCGCCAUGUAGGCCUGUUAGGGGAUCACACCAAAGGGCCCUUAGAUUGCUGGUCGCAGUUACCUUUUAUUUCUUCUUGGAGGUGUUAAUAAAUGCCCACGAUGAUUCCAAUAAUCUGUCUGGCGAUUCUGCUUCCUGAAGUGGCUCACUCGGCUCAGGGUCACUAUGCCCACAAGCUUCUGAAUGAUUUGAUGGAGAAUUAUUCCAGCGCUCUGCGGCCUGUCGAGGACACAGACAGAGCCCUCAAUGUCACCUUACAGAUCACCCUCUCUCAGAUCAAAGACAUGGAUGAGAGGAACCAGGUGCUGAUUGCUUACCUGUGGAUCAGGCAGACGUGGCAUGAUGCCUACCUGAAGUGGGAUAAAGAGGACUAUGACGGGCUGGAGGUGAUCCACAUCCCCAGCAGCCUUGUGUGGAGGCCCGACCUCGUUCUCUAUAACAAAGCUGAUGAUGACUUCUCAGGGCCAAUGGACACCAACGUGAGACUGCGCUACAAUGGAGAGCUAACCUGGGAUGCUCCUGCCAUCACUAAGAGCUCCUGUGUGGUGGACGUCUCCUACUUCCCCUUUGACAGCCAGGAAUGUAACCUGACUUUUGGUUCCUGGACCUACAAUGGCAACCAGGUAGACAUCAUUAUGGGCAUGGACAGUGGUGACCUGUCAGACUUUGUGGAAAAUGUGGAGUGGGAGUGUCACGGGAUGCCGGCCACCAAAAACGUCAUCAUGUACGGCUGUUGCUCUGACCCGUAUCCAGACAUCACCUAUACAGUGCUCCUGCAGCGCCGCUCCUCCUUUUACAUCUUCAACCUCCUCCUCCCCUGCUUCCUCAUCUCCUUCUUGGCUCCUCUGGGUUUCUACCUGCCUGCAGACUCUGGGGAGAAGGUUUCCCUCGGAGUGACCGUUCUUCUGGCUCUCACUGUGUUCCAGCUGAUGGUGGCUGAGAGCAUGCCUCCAUCCGAGAGUGUGCCCCUUAUAGGGAAGUACUAUAUUGCCACUAUGACCAUGGUCACGGCCUCCACAUCUCUUACCAUCUUCAUCAUGAACAUCCACUUCUGUGGUCCAGAGGCCAAACCAGUCCCCCACUGGGCAAAAGUCCUCAUCAUUGACUACAUGUCCAAGAUUUUCUUUGUUUAUGAGGUGGGCGAGAACUGUGCCACUGCCUCCUCCUCCUCUUCAUCGUCUUCUCACUUCUUCCAGGAUGACAUCUGUCACCAGCACCUCAACUCCCAGUUUCAUGCGAAUGGUAAACCAGGGACCCACAGUAGCCGACAGGACUGGCAGGGUCGCAAAAACCCCAGACCUCAGACCCCCAAGCCACAACACCACCCCAGAGUGAAAGCCCAGCACCACAUCACCAGAGAAGAGAGGAGCCACUUCUCCAGCUUUGCACCUGGGAAAUAUGAAGGCUCUAAUGGGAAAAUCCCAACAGGUGACUGCUGUAAAGAAGACCAGAAGGUCCCCUGCUGCCCUGAAGACAAAAAGCCUCCACCUCAAGGCCCCUCUGUUACCUUCGGCCCCUGUGUGUUCUGCAGCCACGGCAGUGGCUUCCCUGGUGUGGACACCAAGCUGGUGCGCAAUGUUGAAUAUAUUGCCAACUGUUUCCGAGAGCAGAGGGCCACAUGCGCCAAAGGGGCAGAAUGGAAGAAGAUCGCUAAGGUGAUGGACAGAUUCUUCAUGUGGAUCUUCUUCAUCAUGGUCUUCCUCAUGAGCAUCCUCAUCAUUGGCAAUGCACCAUGAUGCUACAGAUUUCUUUAUAUUUAACUCAAUUAACUCUUUUUGCUUAAAUAAAACUAUUUAGUU